GUAGAAAUUACUGGACAGCGAGGCCGCUUGAGCGGUUUUCUAUUCACGGAACAACACGUGUAAGAAUUCCACGAAACAAAAAAAGGGGACAGGACAUAUGAGCAGUCAUCGAAUUCCGAUCAUUCAAUCCGGGUUAUCCCGCCGCGGCGUCUUGAAGGGAACGGCCGCGCUGGGUGCAAUGACGUUUGCGGGCACGCUUGCCGGUCCAGCUGCUGCGACACCCAAGAAGGGUGGGACGCUGCGCGUGGGUAUCGCUGCCGGAAGCACGAGCGAGAAUUACGAUCCUGGCACCUGGGACAAUCAGUAUGUCCAGGUAUUUGCGACUGCGCGCCAUGGCUAUCUCGCCGAAGUUGCCGCCGAUGGAUCUCUCGCGGGAGAAGUUGCCGAGAGCUGGGACUCUCCCGAUGCGAAGGUCUGGACAUUCAAGAUCCGCGACGGCGUCGAGUAUCAUAGCGGCGGCACCGUGAAGCCAGAGGACGUGAUCGCCUCGAUUGACUAUCACCGCGGAGAUAAGAGUACGUCGGCCGCGAAGCCCUUCGUCGAUCCGAUCCAGGAGAUGAAAGUCGACGGAAAUGCAGUCGUCUUCACGCUGGAAGCGCCGAAUGCGGACUUCCCGUUCGUGAUGACCGACUAUCACCUUCCCAUCAUGCCGGCCAAGGACGGCAAGAUCGACCCGACAAGCAGCGACGGCUGCGGACCCUACAAGGUGACAAACUACGAGCCGGGCGUGAUCGCCGAACUGGUGCGCAAUCCCAACUACUGGAAAGAGGGCCGUGCCCAUUUCGACGGCGUCCAUCUGCUGACGAUCCUCGACCCGGCCGCCCGUCAGUCAGCGCUCCUGACCGGAAACGUCGACGUGAUCGAUCAGGUUGACCUGAAGACCGUCGCCCUGUUCCAACGCGCGCCGAAUGUCACCAUUCUGUCAACUUCCGGAACACAGCACUAUACGUUUGCGAUGGACACGCGCGCAGCGCCGUUCAAUGACAACAAUGUCCGCCAGGCUCUCAAGUACGGCAUCAAUCGUCAGGAACUCGUCGACAAGAUCCUGUUCGGCUACGGUGAAAUCGGUAACGAUCAUCCGAUCGGGCGUUCAAACCGGUUCCAUGCGGGCGAUCUGGAACAGACAACCUAUGACCCCGACAAGGCGAAAUUCCAUCUGAAACAGGCCGGGCUGGAUUCCGUUGAAGUGCAACUGUCUGCUGCGGACGCAGCUUAUGGCGGUGCUGUCGAUGCUGCUGUUCUAUAUUCCAACAGUGCGGAAGCGGCAGGGAUCAAGAUCACACCCGUGCGCGAGCCCAAUGAUGGCUACUGGUCAGACGUCUGGAUGAAGAAACCGUUCAGCGCAGUUUAUUGGGGCGGUCGGCCAACGGAAGACUGGAUGUUCUCCGUUGCCUAUGCGUCCGGUGCACCCUGGAACGAUACCUUCUGGGAGAACGAACGCUUCAACGAAUUGCUGGUUACGGCACGUUCGGAGCUCGACGAGGAAAAACGCCGCGAGAUGUAUGGCGAGAUGCAAAACAUCGUGCGCACCGAAGGCGGUGUGGUCGUGCCGAUGUUCGCGAGCUACGUGAUGGCGCAUUCCAACAAGAUCAAGCACCCCGAGCAGGUCGCUGCAAACUGGACUCUCGACGGGUUCAGGGCUGUUGAGCGCUGGUGGUUCGACUGA